AUGCACCACGAGGAGGAGAAUUCUGGAAAACUGGAAUAUUCCUCUUUAAAUGAUACGAAGUAUGUGUUGAAUCCCACGAAGUUUUCCAGACCUAUCGAUGGAUCGUUGUACAUCCCCUGUAUAGUAGGCCUAAAUAACAUUAAAGCUAACGAUUACUGUAAUGGAGUGCUGCAGGCUUUGACUCUUGUUAAUCCGCUUCGGAAUGACUUCUCGAGAGGAGAAGAAAAUUGCAGUAAUGUAAAGAGACCUUCCAUCUGCUCCUGCAGAGGUUCGGCGAGCUUAUGAGGAAAUUGUGGAAUCCCAGGAACUUGACAGAGCAUGUAGAAGUAUCAAGAAAUUCUCUCCAAUCUGUUGUAUCGUGGAGUUAAAAGAGGUUUCAGUUCACUCAGCAGGAGAAAUCCGAUGGAUUUUUUUGUCUUUGGUUCCUGAUUGCCGUUGAUUGAGCAUUGGAUGGUUUAAAGAAAAAUGACAGUUCAUUAAAUCUACGGAAAUUGAGACGGAAUCGCCCCUUUUUGUAUCUAUCUUGCGAUCUACGGCCUUCGCCAUUUUGUUUAUAGAUGAAUUUCUGAGAGAAUAAUAAAUAUAUCAUUCCUCAGGUGAAUUUGUAUCGACUCUUAACGAAAUUCAACAGGCAAACCGAGAAGGAAUAAAAGGAAAACCAUUAAAGGAAAAUUUCAUGAAGAAGUGCGAAAUAAGUGUAAGAAUUGAGAUCGACACAUCGAUGAUUUUAGUACUGUAACGUUUUUGUAUUUGUUUUGUAGUUGUAUUUGUUUUUAUAACGUUUUUGUAUUAAUAUUGUGUUAAUAUUUCGUCUCUAUUUUGUUGCAUUUAACGGUAGUGAGUUUAUUGUAAGAAAAUAAAAAUAUCGUUGAAAGUGUUUUGUUUUAUAUAUUUUGAAAUCGC